UCCCGAGCGUAAGCAAAGGAAGUAUUGUAAUCGAGUCCGUCGGCCGACUCUCUACUUUUACGUUUUCUCGAUCUUUCAUGACCCCUAGAAGACGAAGAAAUAGGUCUCCCAUUUCCGUCUGUCUGUCCGUCUGUCCGUCUUAACAUAAAAUUUCCACAACCUAAAGAAUAUUUUUAGAACAUAUUGUUCCAUGUUUUUUGAGUCGUAAAACAGAAGCUCUUCUCUGACUGCCUCAAACUAUAAUGCAGAAACCUGUGGUGAAAAAAUUAGAAUUCUAUCGGGCAAUUUUUGAAGACGACACAAGUGAGGAAGUUGACUAUAUCCUGUACUGUACAGGGUAUAUAUUGACUUUACCAUUUUUAUCUGACAAGUGUGGUGUCAAAGUAAAAGACAACUAUAUGCAUCCUUUAUUUAAACUAAUAGAUAGUAUAGAAAACCCAACUCUAGGCUUCAUCACCAUCUAGGGUUCCCCUUUUUCUUUAUUUGACAUUCAGGUUCGGUUCUUCCUAUCAACUGUCAAUGGUCACUACAAGCUACCGUCAAAAGAAAUGUUGAAGGAUCUUGAACAAACAAUUACAAAAGUGUCGACCAAAAAAAUUACUUUGAUAAACUGGCCAAAGUUGCAGAUAUUAAGAAAAAUUAUUGACGACGAAAAGUGGGUUCAAGUACGUUGAUGGAGCCAAUUUUAAUUGUAAUUUUUGAUUCAGUGUUACCUCGAAAAUAAAAACAUUUCAUGUUUAUGACAAAAGGAUGUCUGAUUUCUAUAAUAAGAACAAUGCUACUGACGCUGUGUUUACUCAAUCACAGAAAACAAAACAGAGAGAUAACUGAACAUAGCAACAGACUUACAUAACAACUAUCAACUCUAAGAUACGUUAUCUCUAAAUAACAAUAGUUUUUUUUGAACAAAUGAAUGAAAUGUAAAUUACUAUUACUCAAGCAGAUACCGACGUUGGAAAUCUUAAAUGGUUAUGGUGGCAAUACCUUCAAAGAUAAAGUCACUGUGACCAUACUUAACUGGCACCAGCCCGAUAUCUUCAAUCAUUUGUCUUCUAACGUUUACAGAGUGCCAAGCACUUUUUUUAAGUACCUACAUACUUGAAAAUCGCCUUUUAAAAUGCGCGUUGCUGUUAUUGGUGGUGGUGCAGCUGGGUUAACCUCUGCAAGACAUGUGUCAGCUCAAGGGAUACCAUGUGACGUUUAUGAAAUGGCGUCUGAGUUGGGCGGUACUUGGGUCUACACCGACUUUGUAGAAAAAGAUAAAUAUGGUUAUCCAGUGCACACCGCUAUGUAUCAAGGUUUAAGAACUAAUCUACCUAAAGAGAUUAUGGGAUUUCCAGACUUUCCUAUACCUGAGCAAACGGAAUCGUUCCUUUCGCAAGAAAACAUUCUGGGAUUUCUGAAUUUGUACGCCGAUCACUUCAAUCUACGAGAACUAGUCAAAUUCAAUGAAAUGGUCAUUGAAGUUCGUCCUUUUGGAGAAAAAUGGCAAAUAAAAUCCAUCAACAAACCAAUGAAACAAGAAUCCGUCAAUGUUUACGACGUUGUUAUGGUUUGCAGCGGCCACUAUAAUACACCAGUGGUACCCAAUAUCCCCGGCCAGGAUAAAUUUAAGGGUACUGCUAUGCACUGUCACCAGUACCGCUCAGUUGAACCCUAUAAAAAUCAAACGGUUCUUGUCAUCGGUGCUGGACCUUCGGGACUUGAUAUAGCCCUUCAGGUGGCUUCUGUUGCUAAGUCCGUCGUCAUUAGUCACCACGUUGUCAAAAGAGAAAUCAAAGGUGACUACCCCAAAAACGUAACGAAAAAACCUGAAGUCCAUCGCAUCAAAAACGACAAAGAAGUUGAAUUUGUCGAUGGUUCUUGUUGUUCCUUCGACAGCAUCAUAUAUUGUACUGGUUAUAAAUACAGUUUUCCGUUUCUUCACGAAUCCUGUGGUGUCAUUGUUGAAGAUAAACUCGUUCAGCCUUUGUAUAAGCAUAUGGUUCACAUUGAAAGACCGAGUUUGUGUUUCAUCGGGAUACCAUUCUAUGUUUGUGCUUUCCAGAUGUUUGAUCUUCAGGCUCGAUUCUAUUGUCAGUACCUCAACGGUUCCAUGAUUUUACCCUCAAAAGAUAUGAUGCGUAAGGACACUGAAGAAGAUAUGAAAAAAAGGAGGGCUAAAGGGUACAUGAAGCAACAAAUGCAUUUGUUGGGGCACUAUCAACAAGAAUAUUUUGAAGAUUUAGCUGCUGUUGCAAAUAUUACUUCUAUUGCUCCUGUAAUUAGUAAAAUAUGGAGUGCGUGCGACGAAACGUUUUACGGAGAUCUGGUGAAUUUUAGGAAUGAUAAAUACAGAAUUGUCAAUAAUGAUACUUUUGUCAAAAUUUAAUGAUCACAUCGUCUUUGGGAGUAGUAGAAAUAUAUGUACAUUUUGGCAACUA